AUGGUGCUGCAGGGACUGGUCGAUCAUCGCUACAGAUUCAUGAAUGUGAACUUUGGAUACCCGGGGAGUGUUCACGAUGCUAGAGUAUUUUCAAACUCAAGUUUAUAUCGACUUGGUAAUAAUGGUGCUCUGUGCCCACCCAUUCAACGCGAAAUAAAUGGAACACAGGUCCCAGUCGUCAUUCUUGGUGACAGUGCCUACCCCUUGCUGCCUUGGCUUCAAAAGCCUUUCAAUGACAACGGCCAACUAACCAGACAGAAGAGGCUCUUCAACUACCGUCUGAGUCGAGCCAGAAUGGUGGUGGAGAAUGCUUUUGGUCGCCUUAAAGGACGAUGGCGCAUUCUUCUAAAACGACAGGAUACACAUGUGAAGUUUCUAGGAGACAUUGUAGUAGCGUGUUGCAUUUUGCACAAUUUGUGCGAAUCCGCAGGGGAAAACUUCAAUGAAGAACUCCUCAUCGGUGUUGAACCUGCUCAAAAUGCCCUUGAUGGCAAUGAUGAGCAAGUCAAUGGCGAUGCAGCUAUGAUCAGGGAUGCACUUCUCCAAUAUUUCGCAGACUUCUAA